AUGUCCAACGCACCAGGGGCCAGCACGGCCGAAUUCGGUCAACCCCUGCGAAAAUUCAAGCUUGUCUUCCUCGGCGAGCAGUCCGUCGGCAAAACCUCGCUCAUCACACGCUUCAUGUACGACACCUUUGACAACACAUACCAGGCCACCAUCGGGAUCGACUUCCUCUCGAAAACCAUGUACCUCGAAGACCGAACGGUACGAUUGCAACUGUGGGAUACAGCGGGACAGGAGCGAUUCCGAUCGUUGAUCCCAUCGUAUAUCCGCGAUUCGUCGGUAGCGGUGGUGGUGUACGACAUCACCAACAGGGCGUCGUUCCAGAACACGUCAAAGUGGGUCGACGACGUGAGGGCGGAGAGGGGCAACGAUGUCAUCAUCGUGCUGGUGGGCAACAAGACGGAUUUGAGCGACAAGAGACAAGUGACAACAGAAGAAGCGGAGAAAAAGGCACAAGAGUUCAACGUCAUGUUCAUCGAGACUUCGGCAAAAGCGGGGCACAACGUCAAGGUGCUCUUCAAGAAGAUCGCGCAGGCGUUGCCCGGUAUGGACAAGGAUGCGGAUGCUGCCAACGGCGGCGCUGCUGCCAACAAGAAUAUCGAUGUAACUGCUGCGCCGGCGCAAACGACCAUGGAGGACGGAUCUUCUUGCAAGUGCUGA